CGGCCACGCCCCCUUUCCAACAGCUGGGACUCUUCGAUUGUUCGAUUUUGUCACUCUGCGUACUUUUAGGCUGGAAAUUCUCAAAAAGCAGCCGUGCGAAAUGAGUUCAGAGUUCAAAAUCGUGGUCAAGUGGAGCGGAAAGGAGUACCCGAUCGAGUCCAUCAGCGAGAGCGAUGACGUAGGCGCCCUGAAGGUUGCAAUCCAGGAGGCCACCGGAGUGCGUCCCGAGAGACAGAAACUGCUCAACCUGAAAGCCAAAGAUGACUGCAUUGUGCUGUCAACGCUGAAAUUGAAGCCAGGGUUCAAAAUUAUGCUGAUGGGGUCCCUGGAGGAGGACGUUUUGGCCGCAGCUCCACCACCUGAGGAAGAAAUGCCAGAGGUUGUGAAUGAUUUAGACAUAGAAGAUGAAGAGGUUGCUAUUGAGAAGAAAGAAGUGUACCUGUCCAAGAUUGAAAGGAGAAUUCAACAGUACGAGAUUAAAAUUUUGAACGAACUAAGGGACGGAAAGAAAUUGCUGGUCCUGGAUAUUGACUACACCUUAUUUGAUCAUCGUUCAGUGGCUGAAACUGGUUACGAACUGAUGAGACCCUACCUACAUGAAUUUCUAGAAGCUGCUUAUAAUGAUUAUGAUAUCGUGAUUUGGUCAGCUACAAGCAUGAAAUGGAUUGAUGAGAAGAUGAAGCUGCUUGGAGUCACAAACAAUCCCAAAUACAAAAUUGCCUUCCACCUGGACAGUCUGGCAAUGAUUUCUGUCCACACAAAGAAAUACGGAGUGAUCGAAGUGAAGCCACUGGGAGUGAUUUGGGGUAAAUUCACGCAAUAUUCAGCUAGCAAUACCAUUAUGUUCGAUGACAUACGUCGCAACUUCAUCAUGAAUCCUCAGACGGGACUGAAAAUCCGUCCGUUCAAAAACGCGCACAUGAACCGUGCUGUGGACCGGGAGUUGCUUCAGCUGGCCGGUUACCUCAAGGCUAUCGCCCAGUUGGAGGACUUCACAGAUCUGAACCACAAGCACUGGGAGCGCUUCGGAACCUCGCACAAGUCCAAGAAGAGACGCGCCAGAGAAGACACUGCCUGAAGUGUUGAUUCAAGGUUGAACUGUGUUUCAUAAUCGCGUGUCGGCAAUUGUUGAGUUUUGAGGACACAAGUUUAAUAUUGUUCAUCUAUUGCAAUCUUUAUCAAGAAGUUAUAAAUUCAUCAUCGAUGAAGGCGAAGUUUGAAGGAAAAUUACAAUUUUGUCACGCCAAGUUAAAAUGAUCUCUCAUACAAAUUUUAAAUUAGAAUCACUUUCACAUUAGAAGAAAUUAAAGCAAAGUAAAAUUAAAUUUGGAUACUUCUCAUGGCAUAAAAUAUUCAAAGAAAUUUUAAACAAUACUCGAAAAUUGGUUUAACUUCAAUUUCUAUGCUUUGGAAAAUUCAGAAAGUUGCAUGCAGUGGCAUCUUUCUUCAAAAUGUGGCACCAACCGCAGUACCAGAGUCUGGCGGUAUUGAUCCAUUGUAAUGUUUUUGCUUUAGUCCAGUCGCCUAUAGUUCGACUUAUUAAAUGGACAUUAACUAUGUUUCCAACUUGUUAAAGUAAGUUUUGCUUUAUAAUUAAUUUUGAUUUGAUAAUUCUCUUUCAAAAUUUUAAAUGCCAGCCCGGAACUUGAUGAUUAUCUUCAAUCAAAACCUCGGAACAACUCUGCUCUCCCACUGCAAGAAAUAUGUAUCUGUUGUAUCAUUAAGAAUUAUUACUUUUUCAUUUCCCAUGCGAAUACACAUCAAACAAAUCCAUGCGAACGGCUACCAAAUUCAAUCAUUCAGAAAAUAUUCCUAGUACUGGCAGAGAAACAAAAAUGCAAACGUAAGGCUAUCCCUCAACGUCGACACUCUAAGGAGUUUAUUAAAUUAUUUCUCAACUCCAACAUCAAACGUUUUCCAUUUCGAGACUUAUGCUUCUUGUCGGUAUCUGAUGCUGACAACAUUUUUGACCAUUUAGUUGAAAAUUGCCCCAAAGUUGAAAUAAUUGAAAAGCCAACGUUUCGAAUUCUACGAUCUCGGAACUGCUUCCAACCUCCUUUGCUACAGCCUCGACAUUUGUGCAAAUGGAAAAAUUUGUCGGUGGCGCAGUUUGGUGAUUUCCCUUUGAAUGAUAGUGUUCUCCACGCUGUCCAAGAAAAUCUGAAGUUUUUGGAAGUAUUUGAAUUCACACUAUCAAAGAACGGAGACAUUUCUCUUGAAGGCUUAAACUGUUUGAAGAAGUGCACCAGAAUCCGCCACAUUCAAGCAAAUGCAUAUCAAAAUCACUCCGAAAGCCUCCGGUUUGUGGUUGCCAUACCUGGACUUCCGCCAAACCUCCAGAAAUUUGGAUCAAAUCUUUUGACCUGUGAUGACACUUCCAACUACUGCGUUGUUGAGGAAAUUUUUUCCAAAUUUAAAUCUACAAGAAAAUUGACCCUUCUUAAAUUAACUUUGACUGAUGCACCAGAAGGUCUCAAUUGGCCAGAAAAUUUUAAUGUUGAUUGUUUGGAAUUAAUUGGCGCCCCACAAAAACAAUUUAGUAGUUUUGUUUGUACUAUUCCUAAGCCAAUAGAAAAAAUUGUAUUUGAUUCUAUCACUCCUAAUGAGAUCCAUACAAUUUUGUCAAAAUUUGUCUCCAAUUUGAUACACUUGGAGAUACUGAGUAAAAAAGGAAGCCUCCGACGGUAUAUAAAUGAGAAACUGAAUUUAUACAAAAUAUUUUCUUCUGCGCCCAAUUUGCAAAAAUUUGUCUUCCUCGCACCAUUUCAUUUAGAAGGACAGGAGCUAAACUGUGGACUUACUCCUCGUCAUUUUAAAAGCAUCUCCUCAUUUGAG